AUGGCAGAGGUGAACAAAAUCGUGGAGGAGCACAAAGUAGAAUGGAACAAGUUUGGUUGUUCCAUUAUGAUGGAUAAGUGGACGGCGAGAAAUGAAAAAAUGAUCAUCAAUAUCUUGGUGAAUUCUCCUAAGGGAAGCCUGUUUCUUGAGUCCGUUGAUGCAAGCGACUCUUCGACUGAUUCAACCAAAAUGUACUUCUUGUCCAAGAGUACAAUAGACUCUAUUGGAGCAGAAAAUAUUGUUCAAGUUGUCAUGGACAACGCCAAUGAAAAUGUUAAAGCUGGUGAUUUGAUGUCUGUUGGGUACCCACAUAUCUAUUGGACUCCGCGUACAGCACAUUCCAUUAAUUUGAUCUUCGGUGACAUUUUCAAGGAAAGACCCUUCAGUACUGUCUUUAAUCAGGCAAUUAGAGCACAUUCCUAUAUAGUUCAAAGGCCUUUGUUAUUGAACAUGAUGAAGAGAUUCACUAAACAAAGAAGCUUGGUGAAACCUGCAAAGACAAGAUUUGCUACUGCUUUCUUGAUUUUGCAUAUGAUUCAUGAGCAAAAAAGCAAUUUGAAGAAGUUGUUUGUUUCAGAUGAGUACACUAGCAGUGCCUAUGGAAGGGAAGCUCGAGGGAGAGAAUCUAUUGGUGGUCCUUCAGUUAAAGUGCUUCGUUUGGUGGAUGGGGAGCAAAGGCCACCAAUGGGCUACCUGUACGAAGCAAUUGAUAGGGCAAAGGAGGCUAUUCAAGCCUCUUUUAAUGAUCAAAGAAAAUACAAAAGAGUCUUUGAGAUCAUAGAUAAAAGGUGGGAUAGUAAGCUUCAUAGCCCUUUGCAUGCAGAUGGACUUAUUUUGAACCCGGAACUGUUUUAUGACAAUGAAGAGAGGAUUCUAAGAGAUGAACCUUUGUGGAAUGGAUACUAUAAAUGUAUUGAGAAGUUGAUACCUGAAGAAUUCGUGCAAGAUAAAAUAACAGAGCAAUUUAGUAUUUAUAGGAAUGCUGAGCAAUAUUAUCGGAUUACUUGGCUCUCAAUUAAUCUGAUAAUGAAAUCAAUCAGAUUGUUCAUUGGGAGUGUUGACUUUCAGAAAUACUUGAGCAACCAAAUUAGGCCAUACAGAUUGAUUUCAUUAUCAGAUUAA